AUUGAAUCGUACCGGAGAUCUGCUAGUAAGAGACAGAGCACCAGAACUCAAUCGUCUAAGCUAUUAGUGAACUUUAUGGAUGAUUGUUAUCGCUUUAAGAAAAUGUGAUAAAAAAGUUAACUGCUUUAAUUAUCGGUCGGGUGUUCGCUUAUCAAUUUUUGAUUGUUCAAAUUUAUUUGAUCCUCGUCUCAUUAGAGUAUUACAAGCGAAAUGAUUGUGCUAGAAAAGAUGGAUCUGAAGCAAAAGAACUUUAAGAAAAUUGGACUGAUCUGUGUGGUGGUGCUGGUGUGUGGCAUGGUGUUUAGCUAUGGAAUAUUUCCCGCCAUUUUACGCUUCAUGAUCAAACAGAACGUUUUGCUCAAACCGGGCACCCAGAUACGUGACAUGUUUGAGAAGAUUCCCUUCCCGCUGGAUUUUAGGCUACACCUCUUCAACGUGACGAAUCCGGACGAAGUAAUGCGUGGCGGGAAACCGCGCGUCAAGGAUAUUGGGCCUCUUUACUUUGAGGAAUGGAAGGAAAAGUACGACACGGUGGAUAACGUGGAGGAAGACACCCUUACCUUCACACUGCGCAACACUUGGAUAUUCCGGCCCGACCUAUCCGCACUGACCGGGGAAGAAAUCGUCACCGUACCGCAUCCACUGCUAAUGGGCGUGCUGUUAAUGGUGCAGCGAGACCGCGAGGCAAUGAUGCCGCUGGUGAAGAAGGGUGCCAACAUCAUUUUCAACCCGCUCGAGUCCGCUUUCCUGAAGGUUCGCAUCAUGGAUCUGCUGUUCGAUGGCAUAUUCGUCGAUUGCAGUAGCCAGGACUUUGCCGUGAAAGCGCUUUGCUCCGGCAUGGAUUCCGAGGGUGCUGUUAUCCCGUACAACGAGACACACUACAAAUUUUCGUUCUUUGGAAUGCGCAACCAUACCGAGGCUGGCCGUUGGGUUGUGUAUCGGGGCGUGAAGAACAUUCGUGACCUUGGUCGGGUGAUUUCCUACAACGAUGAAACGGAGAUGGAUAUCUGGGAUGGGGAUGAGUGCAAUCAGUACAUCGGUACCGAUUCCACGAUUUUCCCACCGUUUCUUACCAAGCAGGAUCGGCUGUGGGCCUGGUCGCCGGAAAUUUGUCGCUCCCUUGGUGCGCACUACGUGCACAAAUCGAAGUACGCCGGGCUGCCGAUGAGUUAUUUUGAGCUGGAGUUUGGUGAUCUAAAGAAUGAACCACACAACCAUUGCUUCUGUCGGGACGCACCGGAUGAUUGUCCUCCGAAAGGAACGAUGGACCUGUCACCGUGUCUAGGGGGACCAAUUAUAGGGUCGAAGCCUCACUUUUACGGUGCCGAUCCGAAGCUCAUCGAAGCGGUAGAUGGACUGGAACCGAACAAGGAAGCGCACGAUGUGUACAUUCACUUUGAGCUUUUUACCGGAAGUCCUGUGUCAGCUGCCAAACGACUGCAGUUUAGCAUGGAGCUUGGCCCUAUCCGUGACCACGAGGUAUUCGGUCAACUGCCGGAGGUGAUUCUACCAAUGUUUUGGGCUGAGGAGGGUGCAUCACUCAACAAAACCUGGACCAACCAGCUGAAGUACCAGUUGUUCCUGGGGCUCAAGUUUAAUGCUACCGUUAAAUGGCUAACGAUCAUAAUCGGUACGUUCGGGGCGAUCGGGUCGGCUUACAUGCAUUUCCGCAAGGAGUUCAAAACGAGCGAUGUGGCACCGGUCAGUGCAGACACACCGGACACUAAUCCUUCGUCUGCCAAGGGCAAUAACGACGUGGUGAGCGUUUCGCUCGGGAAAAAUCUACCACCCGUCAUCGAUGGGCUGGAUAAACCGCCGAAAAUGAUGGCAUCUGAGAUACGGCCAGAUCGAUACUAGAGCGGGGUUGAAGCUAGGUUGAAGCACGCACUAGGUUGUUUCAUGCUGAUAGAAGGCACUCAAGAAUGCACUCAGAAUUCUAAACAUUACACAAAGUGCAGGAGUAGGUGAACUUGUCUACGUGUAUAUAAGUCUAUAGAAAGCGUGAAAUUAAAUGAAAAACAACAAAUUUAUUUGAUCUCAAAUAGCGUACACUAUUUUUCUUGGAAUAAAGAUUCAUUUGGUUAAGAAUUAAUUCUUGGUAUGCGUCGUACUUUCUUACCGGUAGAUCUCGUGCUAUGGUACAAUAUUGAUAGACACUGAAUAUGACACCUGUCAAUG